AACUUCUCCUGGAAGCGCCAGGAAGCCUUUGAUCUCGCUUCCAGAAAGAAGAGAGGUUUGAGUACGGCAGGACCACAGGAGAUCCACGUGGACACUUGCAGCCAAGGUUCUGACCUUCACAGUCUCGGUCUCUGACCACACACAUUACAACCUUACCUGUCUUCAGAGUAGAGUCCUUUCCAACCGACGACAUGAUAGAACCCUCUGAAGACUCAUUUGAGACGAUGAUGGAGCUUAAUAAUCCAUCAUCAAAACAAAUGGAGUCCUCCGAGGGCUCAUCCAACACCGUUGAGGAGACACCAGGCAGCAGCGAGGUACAGGCGCAGGCAGAGGCGGGCUCAGACAGUGGCCCAGCCCAGGAAGAAAAAGAGCCACCCAGUGGCCCAUGUGAGGAACAAGAGAAGCUGCCCACUGAUACACUCCAAGACCUGGAGGAACCAUCCAGUGGCCCAUGUGAGGAACGAGAGGAUCCACCCAAUGACCUACUCCAAGACAUGGAGGAGUCAUGUGAUAGUUCACACGAGGAAGGGGAGGAUCCACUCAGUGAGAUUGCUAUCUCAUCUGAUGGCAUAAAUUCAGUGUUCGUCAACUCAUCUGAGACCCAGACAGAGCAAGGAGAUGAGACUGACCUGGAAGACGAAGAUGAGGAGAACCUCGAAGAGGACAGUCAGACUGGGAGCUCUCCGGAAGAAGUCAUGGCCACGAUGGAGUCCAUCAUUUCAGUGUUCCUCCGAAUGCAAGACAUCGAACAGCAACAGGGAGUAGCAGAGAAGAUCUUGAUGCAAGCCAUCGAAGAAGGCCGGCUUCCCAAACUCAGGCACUUCUCUGGAGAUCGGAGGGAAUACCAUGAGUUCAUUGUGCUCUGUCAGAUGACCCUACAGAACUACCCAUCAAUGUUUCACAAUGACCAGCUACGGGUGAAAUUUGUCAUGUGUCAUCUGUCUGGCCUAGCCUUAGAAUGGGCCAAUGGCCUGGCAGAGCAGAACAGCCCCCUACUGAGCGACUACUCAGGCUUCAUCGAAGCCAUGUCAGAAAUGUUCGAGUACCGGCAGACGCUGCGCGUGGCAGAAGAUGCCAUGUUCAGUAUCAGGCAGGGGAAUCGCAGUGUUGCCGAAUACAUCAAUGAAUUUCAGAGUCUAAUACCCACCUUGGGCUGGCCUGAUGAAGUCCUGCAGGCCCACCUGUGCCAGGGGCUCAAUGAAGACAUCAGGCAUUAUCUGUUUCGAAUCCCCCAGCCGGAAUCCCUGGAGAACCUGAUGGUGCUCGUCCUGCAAAUUGAAGAUAAGCUGGCAGAGAGAAGGGCAAUACUCAGGCUGCCCCCUGAGGCCCGCCCAAGGAACAUGACCUGGAUUGACUCACCUGCCCCAGAGAAGUGGAGUGUGAGCAGCUGGCUGCCCAACGCAUUCCAUCCAGACAUCAAUCGUGCCCACCUCUUCCUGCUGCUCAUGGUGAGGGUGAACCCCUACCACAGUGUCGCAGUACAGGCCCUGGUGGACUCAGGAGCAGAAGGGAACUACAUGGAUGAGAAGUUUGCCCAAGAACACUACGUGGAGCUCUAUGAGAGACCCUAUCCACAGGCAGUCCAAACCGUGGAUGGCUCCCUGAUCGGCAAUGAACCCAUCUGGCUGUACACUGAACCCCUGAUGUGUAUCCAGCAGAAUCAUUAUGAGUACAUCGAAUUUGACAUCGUACCUUCACCCCACUUCUCUGUGGUCCUCGGCAUCAAGUGGCUCCGUACCCAUGCACCUGAAGUUGACUGGAUCAAAGGCCGUUGUACCUUCCACUCUCCCUACUGCCUGAAGAAUUGCUCCAACCCACCCCCACCAUGCAUCGCACUGGAGAAAAUUGGUAUGGCCAUGCUACCCGGAUUGCCACAAUUGUAUUCAGACCUGUCCGACGUGUUUAACCCGAAGGAAGCAGAUGAUGAGACUUCCGACCAGCCAAGCUCAGACGGAUCCGAUGAUCUUUCUGAAUCAGAGCCCUCUGAGCUUCAGCAGGCUGGAGACAGUGAUCGCAACGACGUCCUUUAUGAGAGUUCUUCCAAGAGGCCUUGUCAAUCUGUGAGUGCCAGGAUGCAAGAAAAAGCCAGGCAGCAAGAGCAAUACUGGAUACUAUAUGACAUGCUGACUGACAGACAGGACUACAUACAGAUGAUACCAGAACUGUUUGACCAGUUACAUGGAGCUACAUGGUUCACAAAACUGGAACUGCGAGACGUUGCUAAGGAACCCAGGGUGGACUACAGCCUCACACACACAGAAGACACAUGGAGAGCAACAUUUGGUUUGAGCCUUUACCAGAUGAGAUGCUACCGGCCCUUCACAAUAGACUCAUACGCUGACGACUCUGAUAAUGAGAUGCACUUAAUCCUAAAAGACAUCCUAGGACUCUAUGUGAUUGCCCAUGGCCGAGAGGUCCUGAUCUACUCAAUGAGCCAGGAGGAACACUUUGACCAUGUCCGCCAAGUCCUGCUCCGCCUUCGCGGUCACAACAUCCACUGCUCCCUGGACAAAAGCCAGUUCCAUCGCCAGACUGCAGAAAUCAUGGGUUUCGUCCUAUCCCCCAAAGGGGUGAAACUGAACAAGACCCUCAUGAACCUCAUCAUGGGGUGUACUGCCCCCAGCAACAGGAAGUGUCUGCAAACUGUUAUCGAACUCUUCUACCCCUACCGCCACUUUGUGGAGCACUUUGCUAUCAUUGCAGAGCCCCUGGUGAGGCUGCUGCUGAGCUCAGAGCCCUACUGCUGGGGAGAAGAGCAGCAGGAGGCCUUAGACUGCCUGAAGAGGGCAUUCCGAAAGGCGCCCAUUCUGUACCACCCCAAGCCUCAGAACCCAUUCUAUUUGGAAACAGGCGUCACUGGGUCAUUCCUACAUGCCUCCCUGAUCCAAACUGAUGAGGAAACUGGCAAAAAAGCUACCUGCGCUUUCUACUCACGACAUCUCUCCCCAAUCGAGGUGGAGUACCCUCAAGUGGAGAUGAGGAUCCUUCCAAUCCGGGCUUCCUUCAUAGUGUGGUGUCGCUACCUGGAGAACACCGAGGAGCCCAUCAUGAUCCUUCUCAACACAGAGGAUCUAGCCUCUCUGAAUAAUGACAGGCUCACCGUACUUCUCCCUGGGCAUUGGGUCUUCUUUUUCUCUCACUUCCAUUUUGAUGUGAUGGAGCUGCCUGAUGAAGAUGAUCCCCGAGCUCUGUCCCGUAGAAAUCCAAACCAGAGAGGCAUGAGAGGCAGGUACAUGCGGCCACUGCUGCUUCUUGCCCUGAGGGCAAGCCAAAGGGACUCGUUCUCUGAUUCUGAGUCCGAGGCCGAGACCGAGACUGAGGAGACUGAGUCCGAGGACAGUGAUGAUGAGUCAGACCAGGAAUGGGCAGAGUUGAAUCGGCAGGCCCUGGUGCAGGAUCUACUCUCUACCAUCCCAAUAGAACAGAUCCUCAACAGCUUGAUGACCCACUUCAGCAGGGUCCAGAUCCGGUCCGUUGUCCUACACUUCUAUCGUAGCCUGCUCUACUGGAAGAGUGUCCUGGGUGUGGCAUCCCUCCUGGUGAUGAUGAGGGUGAGGCAGCCCCUCUCUCCACUGCCUGCCCCCUCUUUGGAGGUGGCCAGGCCUGAGCCCCGACACACACUCCGACUCAUCCUGGACUCAAGCCUCAUUGCAGGUAGGGGCAUGGCCACAGCCAUCGCUCAGUUGCUCAGCCAGAUGCCCCCUGUAGCACGGGCCAACACCCUCCCAGCUCGAGAGCUGGCUGAACUGUACCUGAGCCCCAGGUGCUGGCAUCGGAAUGCCCUGCAUUCCCAGCCCCCACGGGGCCUGCGAUUCACCCCAGGGUUCUGGUUGACCCUGUGUGAGUUCUUCGGGGUCAGAGUCAACCCCGAGGAGGACAUCUUCCCUGACCCACACCAGCAACGAUACUUGGAGCUGCACGUCGUUGGUGAUGAAGAUGUCGUCUUGCGAGAAGCCCUGCAAGACGACCUGCAACGUUACCGUCAGUGUGGCCUGCAUGACGGCCUGCAAGACACCUCGCAGGACGCGCAGGACAACGACGUGCAAGAAGCCCUGCUUGGCGACCAAGAAGCGGUCACCUUCCGCCCACGAAAUCUGAUGGACCCAGAGGUCCUAGAUUUCCUCAACAACCGCCUACUCUACAUUCUUGGUGCCGAUGGCCGGCUUACUCUGCUCAGCAGAGAUGAGGUGGCCCGGGCCCUUACACGAUUCCUGACCAUGGCCUCCAGAAUGGCCCUGCUUUCCCCAGCCAGGGAAGAGGCAAGGGUAGAAGAACUACCAGACUCAUCAGAUGAUGAACUUGACUGAAAACACAACAAAGUUGAUGCCAUCCUCCCUUGUGCCUCAGCUAGCUUUGCUCAAAUCCGGUGCCCUCUCGUGCCACUCCUGACCCAAGGGGAACCCAUUUGUGAAGGGCCACAACUUCAACUCAUCAACCAGCAACAUCAUCUGUGUUAAAGGACUAGCCAACUAUCAGCGUCCCAGAACCAACCAAGACUGUGCAACUCUGUCCUAACUGUCCAAGACUGUGCAACCCUGCCCUAACUGAAUGGGCCUCAGACCCACAGCCGGCAGUGAAGUCAAUGAGAGGAAGCAGUGAUGAGCAACAAUGACCCUGUCACCCCAGGCCAGAUGCAGAGCAGGCACAGCAGGCACAGCCAAGCAAGCAGAUGCCAGGGAGCCCCUCCCACCCCUCCCACCCGAGUGGCAUAUGGCCACCUGUGCAUCCUGGGACACUGACCUUGGGUGCUCCACUGACUUCUACCUCCACACCGGUGCUCCAACUCCCCUGGGCCCCACUCCCACCCCCUCCCAACCUCCCGAGGUACUGUGGUGCCAUGCCUCCCAGCCCACCCCGCAAGCAAGCAAAGCCCACCCCACGCUACCCAUCUGGUCUGGCGCCCAUGGCACUUAAUCUGACCCUGAACUCUGAACUUACCUGAGCAGAGCUGCUCUGUGGGGCAUCUGACGUACCAGUGUGACUUACCUGAUAGACUUGCCCACCUUGAAGGUCCCUGAGACUCAGGGACCACCGGAAAAGGUGGUAGCACCAAGUGGGGCUCUCAUUCCCAAGACUGACAGCUGGACAGUACAGGGGCCAGAGACCCCACAUAAAGGAGGGAGCCCCCAAGGACACUGGUGAAGCCCCAGAUACCCAGCCUGCUGUGCCAAGGAGCCCAGAGUGCUCUAAGCAGGCCACUGCUCUUUCUCAUGGGAAGGAGCACCUUCCUAUACUUUUCCAUCCCGCUUCUGCUUUUGCCCCU